CCGAUCUCGAAUUGUCUGCCUUUAUUUUUCCUCCCUCCAAUACAUCGCUUUUCCAAAAACAGACGAAAAAAGAAGCUUUGAUUUCUUCUCUUUUGUUGGUUUUACCACCGGUAUCCGAAAAAGCUUUGAUCAUUCUCUGCAACCACCAAAACUAAAGGGGGGAAAACAAACUUCAACUUCUCCUUUCAUGGAAACUCUUUCCUAUGCCUUCACCGGUUCCGCUUCUCCAAAGCUCAACCUCCCUCCGAACGACAGCGUCUAUCGUCGUCUCCUCGGUUACCGCCAUGGAUUUACUCCCUUGAAUCUCGCCACACUGAGAUCGCAGGGAAGGAGUAGAGUUUUCCCCAAGCUUCAUUGUAGUCAACAAAAUUCCGAAAAUAGCAUCGAUUUUAGUGAUCCUGACUGGAAGUCAAAGUAUCAGCAAGAUUUCGAAAGGCGCUUUAAUAUUCCUCACAUCACCGAUAUUUUCCCCGAUGCUCUCUCUUUUCCUUCCACUUUUUGUCUCAGAAUGAGAACUCCGAUUAAUGAGGAAUUUGCGGAAGGUUAUCCGUCUGAUGAGGAGUGGCAUGGUUACAUUAAUAAUAAUGACAGAGUGCUUCUUAAGGUCAUACAUUACUCUUCUCCCUCAUCUGCUGGUGCAGAAUGCAUUGAUCCUAACUGUACUUGGGUUGAACAAUGGGUUCAUCGUGCUGGGCCACGAGAGAAAAUUUUUUUCAAACCAGAAGAAGUGAAGGCUGCAAUUGUUACUUGUGGCGGGCUUUGCCCUGGUCUUAAUGAUGUCAUUAGACAGAUUGCCAUCACACUGGAAAUAUAUGGUGUAAAAAACAUAGUGGGGAUUCCUUUUGGUUAUCGUGGAUUCUCUGACAAAGGUUUGGCUGAAAUGCCGCUAUCGCGGAAAGUAGUCCAAAAUAUACACCUUUCAGGUGGAAGCUUGUUAGGAGUUUCACGUGGAGGGCCCUCUGUCAGUGAUAUAGUCACUAGUAUGGAGGAAAGAGGAAUCAACAUGCUUUUUGUGCUGGGUGGAAACGGCACCCAUGCUGGGGCCAAUGCUAUUCACAAUGAGUGCCGCAAAAGAAAAUUAAAUGUGGCUGUAGUUGGUGUGCCAAAAACUAUUGACAAUGACAUUCUGCUGAUGGAUAAAACCUUUGGUUUUGAUACUGCUGUUGAAGAAGCACAACGGGCAAUCAACUCUGCAUACAUUGAGGCACAUAGUGCUUACCAUGGAAUUGGUAUCGUGAAAUUGAUGGGUCGUAGCAGUGGUUUCAUAGCCAUGCAAUCAUCCUUAGCUAGUGGACAAGUUGACAUAUGUUUGAUUCCAGAGGUACCUUUCAAUUUGCAUGGGCCUCAUGGUGUAUUAAGGCAUCUGAAAUACCUCAUAGAGACAAAGGGAUCAGCUGUGGUCUGUGUGGCGGAAGGAGCUGGACAGAAUCUCGUUAAAAAAACUAAUGCUACCGAUGCUUCUGGAAACAUUGUACUUGGAGAUAUUGGUGUGUAUAUCCAACAAGAGACAAAGAAAUGUUUUAAGGAAAUCGGCAUCCCUGCUGAUGUGAAGUAUAUUGAUCCAACAUACAUGAUUCGUGCAUGCCGUGCAAAUGCAUCAGAUCGAAUUCUAUGCACUGUGCUAGGACAAAAUGCUGUUCAUGGUGCAUUUGCUGGAUAUAGCGGCAUUACAGUUGGUAUAUGCAACACUCAUUAUGUAUACUUUCCCAUUCCGGAGGUGAUUUCUCAUCCUCGAGAAGUAGAUCCGAACAGCCGUAUGUGGCAUCGAUGCUUGACUUCAACAGGGCAGCCCGACUUUAUCUAGAAGUUUUGAAAUUGUUAAUUUCAUUCUUAGGGUUUAAAAGAAAUAAAACCAAGAGAGAACAUGGAUAAUAAAACGGGAUUACCAUGUUGAGGGUACCAUUUUUGGCUGUUCAUGAAGUCAGUCAAACAUCAUAUUGUUUUCAUAUGUAACAAUCAAAAAGCAGGUGUAAUUUAUUCUUUAAAUUUGGA